AUGCUUUUGCACCAUUUUUCUUUCCCUCUCAAUCGCUCUUUGGUCCCCGAUGCCCCCAAAACCCACAAAGGAAGCGCUUCCUGGACCGCAGACGAUAUCACUGCACUCCUUGAGUUUCUAAUUGCCCACAAAUCCAAAGGAGAUUCAGGAGGAUUCAAGAAGCCCACUUGGACUGCAGCUGCGGCCCAUGUCAACAAGGUAUUGACUGUGGUGCAACGAAGACAGCUCAAGCAGACGUAUGAAGUUGUUAAGGCCAUUCGGAACAACUCAGGCUGGUCUUGGGAUGACAACAAGGGAGCUGAUAUCACUCCAGAGAAGAAAGGCACCUGGGACAACUACGUAGCUAAGUAUCCACUUGCACAGCCCUUCCAGAAUGCAGGCUGGGCCUAUUUGGAGGCAUUUGAUGCUUUGGGUUCAUCUUUGGCCAAAGGUGCCCACGUUUUCCAAGCUUUGCAAGGGGUCAGUACAGCUCAGGUUGAUAGUGCUCAUUCAGAUGGUCUCGGUGAAGGGGGUGGUCAGGUUGAUGAUGCCAAAGUUGAAGGCUCUCAAGAGUGGUCCACGUCCCCUGAGGUGCCUGGUGAACCAGAUGAGCCAUCCACCCCUCCUCAACGUUCAUCCCCCCCUGCAGCCAAACAUGCUGCAAGUCCUGGUCCAUGGACUGACAACAAACAUGUGCACAUUUCACAUGGUAACCAAAUUAUGAAUAGUCUUAGCAAGAUUAUGAAUCAUAUCACUGACAUCAUGGAGACUGCCUUUUGUCCAUCGACACUCCCAGCAACACCUGUUCGCUUACAAGAAGCCAUGACUUGUGCACAAACCCUCAAGAAGAACUGGUUGACAUCGAUUCAACUUGUGAUGUUAAUCGACAUUUUUGAGUGUGAGCCCCAUGCUGCUAUAGCCUAUCAGUCAAUGAAGGACAAUGAAGACCUUCGCAAAUCAUGGAUUUGUAUGAAACUUCGCAUUCUGGUUCCAGUUGUUGAUGAGAACAAGUCUUUGUGA